CCGGGCAUGCGCCAGACUUCCUCUCCCUUCAGGUACUAUGAGCGGUGGUGUCUACGGCGGUGACGAGGUAGGUGCUAUCAUCUUCGACGUCGGACACCAGAGCCUCCGCGUGGGAUAUGGCGGCGAGGACACGCCGAAGGCCGAGAUCCCGACUACCCUUGGAGUGUGGGAGGAACCCGCCGAUCCCGCCGGCGUUGAUUGCAACAAUGUCACCAGGAAGCACUACAAUAUCGACGUCACAGCUAUCCAAGUGCGAAAGAAGGAUAUGGAGAUAGUAAGCCUGAUGAAAGACGGCAUGAUCGAAGAUUGGGACAUGUUCGAGCGACUAACCGAAUACACCUAUAAACAACGAUUGCACGCUCUGUCCGAACACCACCCAAUCUUGAUGACCGAGUGCCCGUGGAAUACGAGACUGAAACGUGAAAAAUUGCUGGAGCUAAUGUUCGAAAAAUUCAACGUACCAGCCAUGUAUAUUUGUAAGAACGCCGUACUGGCCGCGUACGCUAACGGCAGAUCCACGGCGAUGGUUGUAGACAGCGGUGCUACACAUACAAGCGCAGUUCCGGUUCAUGACGGUUACGUUAUCACUCAAGGAAUCGUUAAGAGUCCUUUAGGUGGCGACUUCAUCACCAUGCAAUGUAGACAGUUUUUCGAGGAGAAGGAUGUCGAAUUAGUACCGGCUUGUCUCGUCGCUAGUAAAGAUGUGGUACGUGAGAGAGAUCCACCUCGCUGGACGAAACGACCUGGAUCGACACCAACAUCUUCCUGGCUGAGCUAUAUGGUUCGAGAACUACUGCAAGAUUUUCAAAUGAAUUGCCUGCAAGUGUCAGAUAGUCCUUAUGACGAAGACAUAGCAAAUACUUUGCCUAUGAAACAUUAUGAAUUCCCGACUGGUUACAAUGACGAUUAUGGAUCCAUAAGACUCAUAAUACCGGAAGCUCUUUUUGAUCCUAGCAAUGUUAAGGGCGUUGGCGCGAGUAUUUUAGGGAUCGGUCCUUUGGUCACCACGAGUGUUGGAAUGUGCGAUAUGGACAUCAGACCAAGUUUAUACGGCAGUGUAGUAGUGACCGGUGGUAAUUCCUGUCUUCAAGGAUUCAGCGACAGAUUAAAUCGAGAUCUGGCCAGCAAGACUCCACCGAGUAUGAGACUGAAAAUAAUUAGUGCGAAUAGCUCAAGUGAGCGUCGUUAUGGUGCCUGGAUUGGCGGCUCGAUCCUCAGUUCCUUAGGCUCGUUUCAGCAAAUGUGGCUGUCACGUCAGGAAUACGAAGAAUCUGGCAAGCUCAUUCUAGAAAGAUGCGCGUAAAUCACUAACGAAAAGAAGCUUGACAAGAAGCAGACGGUCUAUUCUUAUAUUUAUAUAUUAGUAAAUUAAUUUUUUUUUUUAUUUUAGUAAAUAGUAGUUUCUGAAAUAACACCAAAAUCUAACACUAUCUAAUCUAAAUGACAUCUACAAAUUACUCAGGUACUUAAGAUGUUUUUGUGUUGUUCCCAUACAGCACACAAAGAUUGCAUACACAUUGCAUCAAUCUUUCA